AAAUAUGAUAGCCCAUAUCUAGAUCCUGCUGAGGUGGGGAACAUCCUUCUUCACUGUCAUAGGUUCAGAAAGAGUAUUUGUUUUAAAAUAAAUAAUCUCAGAGCAGGUGCUUGAGUUUUUGAUGGUUUUUGUCCCUUCCCAACUGUCUUUUCCUCAUUGCUCUUUUAAGUACAUAGAAUGCACUUGGCACGACGUGCUGUGCUGCUUCUGUAAAGUGCCACUGAAUCUUUACUUCUUCGGUUUGCCUUGAGGUAGCUGUGGUUAAGGAAUCUGGCUGCUUGGAUGCCUUGAAAUGUCGAUUGCAUUUAAGUGUGAAGAUGCUUAAAGAUGUACUGUUCUGUACAUAGGGAUAAUUAUACGCGCAGAGAGAUGUGGAGAUGCAGACACUGCACAGUAAUUCUCAUUGACUGGUGCAGGCACUCAUGACAGUUUCUCCCCCUCCCCCUUCUUUCUCUUUGAUUCCAUUUCUGCUGUGUUUUGUAUACUCCUUGUGGUAAGAUUUUGCACUGUAGAUUUUGAUAAAUUAGUUCAGACGCGCGUGUGUGUAUAUGCGUCUGUGUUCUUAAUCCAUAUCCUCUGCUGAAAUUCUGUAAACCAGUGUCUGCCUUGAUUGUAUUCCCCCCCCCCCCAGUGCUUUUUAUUUAUUUCAAAUGUGGUGCAAGAAAGUUUACUGAGAAAACUUAACUACACACUUGCCCCAGUUAUCUGCUGUAGUAUCCAUUUUUUUUUUUUUUUUAGCUGAACAGUAACUGGGAAAACCGAAGUUCAAGAAUGUAGUUGGAAUUCCAGACCCUGGCCUGGUGGAGGUGGCACUUUCAGUCCCAGGGGAGGAAGCCAACUGCUUUGUUUAUCAACACGUAAAGUACAGCACUGUGUUUCUGGUCAUCUAAGGAGCAGCACGGCAGUGAAGGCAGCUGCUUGCCUGGAUGAAAGAUGGUUGGUGGAAAGGCUUCUCUGCAGAAUGUCAAGCAAAGAUCGACACAUUGAUUCCAGCUGUUCGUCAUAUAUCAAGACGGAACCAUCAAGCCCCGCCUCUUUGACGGACAGCAUCAACCACCAUAGCCCUGGUGGCUCUUCAGACGCCAGCGGGAGCUACAGUUCAACCAUGAAUGGACAUCAGAAUGGGCUGGACUCACCACCCCUCUACCCUUCCGCUGCAGGCCUUGGGGGCAAUGGGCCUGUCAGGAAACGAUAUGAUGACUGCUCUAGCACCAUUGCUGAAGAUUCACAGACCAAGUGUGAAUAUAUGCUGAACUCGAUGCCCAAAAGACUGUGUUUGGUGUGUGGUGACAUUGCGUCAGGAUACCACUAUGGGGUGGCUUCAUGUGAGGCCUGCAAAGCUUUCUUCAAGAGGACAAUUCAAGGUAACAUAGAAUACAGCUGCCCAGCAACAAAUGAAUGUGAAAUCACAAAGCGCAGACGCAAGUCCUGCCAAGCCUGUCGCUUCAUGAAGUGUCUAAAAGUUGGCAUGCUGAAAGAAGGGGUCCGCCUAGACAGAGUACGUGGAGGUCGCCAGAAGUACAAGCGCAGAAUAGAUGCCGAGAAUAGCCCAUACCUGAACCCUCAGCUAGUUCAGCCAGCCAAAAAGCCAUAUAACAAGAUUGUCUCCCAUUUGCUGGUUGCUGAACCAGAGAAGAUCUAUGCCAUGCCUGACCCCACUGUUCCAGAUAGUGACAUCAAAGCGCUCACCACACUUUGUGACCUGGCAGACAGAGAAUUGGUGGUCAUCAUUGGAUGGGCUAAACAUAUUCCAGGAUUCUCCACUUUGUCUCUGGCUGACCAGAUGAGCCUUCUGCAGAGUGCUUGGAUGGAGAUUUUGAUCCUGGGCGUAGUGUACCGAUCACUUUCUUUUGAGGAUGAGCUUGUCUAUGCUGAAGAUUAUAUUAUGGAUGAAGACCAGUCCAAAUUAGCAGGCCUUCUUGACCUCAACAAUGCCAUCCUGCAGCUGGUAAAGAAAUACAAGAGCAUGAAGUUGGAGAAAGAAGAGUUUGUCACCCUCAAAGCUAUAGCGCUUGCUAAUUCAGACUCAAUGCACAUAGAAGACGUUGAAGCAGUUCAGAAACUUCAAGAUGUCUUACAUGAGGCUCUGCAGGAUUAUGAGGCUGGGCAGCAUAUGGAAGACCCACGCCGAGCUGGCAAGAUGCUGAUGACUCUUCCACUUCUGAGGCAAACCUCCACGAAGGCCGUGCAGCAUUUCUACAACAUCAAACUGGAAGGCAAAGUCCCCAUGCACAAACUUUUUUUGGAAAUGCUGGAGGCCAAGGUCUGACUAAAGCAUCAUGGGCCUUCCCAUCAUGCUCAUUGAAAAAAAGGGAAAAUAAACAGGAUACUAAUGGCAAAGAAACUUAGUGUUUGAUUAAGGAAAAAAAUGACUGCACUGAUAUUUAGCAGCAAGACUGUGAAGCAGCUUUCAACUCUUUCUUCUGUGUCUAUCUGAUGCAGUUUUCCUUUUCCCUUUUCUCUGUGUUCCUUUUCUGUUCUUUUAGUUCUUCUUUUUCCUUUUUUUCCCCCUUUGCUGCUGAACUUUUUAAAAGAGGUCUCUAAUUGAAGAGAGAUGGAAGCCAGGCCUGCCAAAGGAUGGAAAUCCAUAAUAUGGAUGCCAGUGAACUUAUUAUGAACUAUAAUGUCCCCAGUGACAAAGGAAUCAAAGAAAGAACCAUCAUACCUUGCAGUACAGUACAACAUGAUGAACUGACUGAAUGCAGUAUUAGAUUUCAUAGGAGCAGUCUCUAAUUAGACAACUAAGCAACGAUGCAUCGGCUGCUUCUUAUCAUUGCAUUUUCCAUCUAGAUCAGUUACAGCCAUUUGAUUCCUUAAUUGUUUUUUCAAGUCUUCCAGAUAUUUCUUAGGUUAGCUACAAUGUAACUUUUUCAGGGAAUAGUUUAAGCUUUAUUCAUUCAUGCAAUACUAAAGAGAGAGAGAGAAAAUACUGCAUUUUUGUGCUGGCUUGAACAAUGAUGAACAAUAAUGAAGGACAAAUGAAUCCUGAAGGAAGAUUUUUUUAAAUGUUUUGUUUCUUCUUACUAAUGGAGAUUUUUUUGUACCAGCUUUACCACUUUUCAGCCAUUUAUUAAUGUGGGAAUUUACCUUACUAAAGCAAUAGUUGAAGGGAAGGUGCAUAUUAUCACGGAUGCAAUUUAUGUUGUGUGCCAGUCUGGUCCAAAACAUCCAGUUUCUUAACAUGAGCUCCAGUUUCUAACUAAAUGUUCACUGACACAAAGGAUUAGAUUACACCUACAGUAUAUCUGAGUAGUCUAAUGUCAAGUACAAAUCUAUAAAGAUGGUAAGAAAGUGUGACUGUACAAGUGUGCAGUUGCUAUGUGAUUUCUAACUGAUUCAGUUGUAAAUGAAUGAGAUACUGCCUGUUACUUGCAAAAUUAUAAAGUUCUCACACAAAGACCUGUGAACCAAUACUAGCUUAGAGGCAAUAAGGCAAAUGCCAAUGUUUGCAAAAUUAAGAAAUCAGAGUAGUAGACUUCUGACCAAAUUCAAGAAUUUAACACUUCUACACUUUAUUAAUUUAGACUUUAUUUUGUAAAUUGCAAUUUUUAACAAGUAGCUAAAUCAAUAUAUGUGCUUUUCAACCAGUAUUGUCACAGCAUGAAAGUCAGUCAGUUCCAAGACUGUUAAGAGGUGUAAUCUAAUGUAUAAGCCAAUUAGAUGCCCCCAGAAAACUACAGUCGCUAAAUAACCAAUAAACAAUAACCUCCAUCCAAUGCUAUACCAAUGUACCAGUGUUAGUAGCUGCUCCCUGUACUAUGUGAACAUCCUUAUUCUAUGUACACAGAUGUAAUUAAAAUUGUAAUCCUAACAAACAAAAGAAAUGUAGUUCAGCUUUUCAGUGUUUCAUGUUUGCUGUGCUUUUCUGAAUUUUUAUGUUGCAUUCAAAGACUGUUGUCUUGUUCUUCUUGUGGUGUUUGGAUUCUUGUGGUGUGUGCUUAUAGACACAGGGUAGAAUUAGAGACAAUAUUGGAUGUACAAUUCCUCAGGAGAUUACAGUACUAUAUUCUAUUCCUUACUGGUAAUAAGGUUCUUCCUAGUAAUAAUUAAGAGAUCGAAACUCCAAACAAGUACUCAUUAUGAACAGAUACACAUUGAAAUCAUAAUAUUUUCAAAGCAAGGGAUAAUUUCUGUAAUAGUUUAUUAUAGAAUACCAAUGUAUAGCUUAGAAAUAAAACUUUGAAUAUUUCAAGAUUAUAGAUAAGUCUAAUUUUUAAAUGCUGUAAAUAUAGCUUUUAUUCAAUCAUCUCUCAGAUGUUGUAUUAACUCUCUCUGUGUUGUUGCAAAACUUUUUUGGUGCGGACAAGUUUCCAAAACUAUUGCUACUUUGUGUGCUUUAAACGAAUACAGUAGGCUGACGGUGCAUCAGCCUUGUGCUAGAAAAUACUGUGUAUCUAUCAUUAGCUAUAUGGGACUAUAUUGUAGAUUGUGUUUUCUCAGUAGAGAAGUGACUGUAGUGUGAUUCUAGAUAAAUCAUCAUUAGCAAUUCAUUCAGAUGGUCAAUAACUUGAAAUUUAUAGCUGUGAUAGGAGUUCAGAAAUUGGCACAUCCCUUUUAAAAAUGACAAAAACAAAAAAAAAACAAAACAAAAAAACCCACAACUCCUGGGAAAAAAGGUGCUGAUUCUAUAAGAUUAUUUAUAUAUGUAAGAGUGCAAAAAUAAAAAAAGUUUAUUUUCCAGAUAGUUUGUGCAGGGUUUAAGUUACUACUGUUCAAUUACAGUAUAUAUAUAUAAAUAUAUAAUAUAAAUAUUGUUUUUGCUGUAUCACAUUAAAGAACUUGGGCUUCAGGGUCAAAAGCCAAUCAACUAAAAAUACAAAACACACAAAAAAUGGAGAUGUGUUAAAGGCACACGGUGCAAACAUGAGUUUUCAUUUUUAGUCAUUUUUUAGAGCUGCAAAAGAACAAGUAUCUCAAGACUGUAAAAACUUUAACCGAAAUAUGGCUAAAAGAACUGCACAGGCUUUAUAAUAAUGUUCAUCCUAAACCUAGCUGGAGGAGAGUUCUUUCAAGACCACUUACUUAAUGUGAAGUGUUGGGAAAAUUUCAAAAGGUGUCUGUUUUAGCCAUAAUGAUUUAAUUUCUAUGUUUUGCUUCAUUUUUUUUUUUAAUUUUUUUCUUAUUUAAAGCAAUAUGAUUGUGUGACUCCCAGAAGUUACACAUUUGUUUCAAUCAGAUCAGAUUGUUGUAUUUAUUCCACUAUUUUGCAUUUAAAUGAUAACAUAAAAAAGAUAUAAAAAAUUAAAACUGCUAUUUUUCUUAUAGAAGAGAAAAUGGGUGUUGGUGAUUGUAUUUUAAUUAUUUAAGCGUCUCUGUUUACCUGCCUAGGAAAACAUUUUAUGGCAAUCUUAUCGUGCAAAGAUCGCAAAAGGAGAAAAAAAAUUAAACUGCUUAUAAUAAUCCAGGAGUUGCAUAAUAGCCAGUAGUAAAAUAACCAUGUCUAUAGCUGUAGAUGGGCUUCACAUCUGUAAAGCAAUCAACUGUAUAUUUUUGUGAUGUGUAUCAUACCGUGUGCUCCAACCAAUGUCCAUUUGUGUAAAUGUAUUUAUUUUAUAUUGUAUAUAUUGUUAAAUGCAAAAAGGAGAUAUGAUUCUGUAACUCCAAUCAGUUCAGAUGUGUAACUCAAAUUAUUAUGCCUUUCAGGAUGAUGGUAGAGCAAUAUUAAACAAGCUUCCACUUUU